CCGAAUUGGGCCGCCCGUCAUACUUCUAUUCACCCCACUUACCUAUGAUCCUUAGCUCACGAAACCGCCCCUCACAUAAGCAGAGGGGCAGACCACCCGCCUAUCAGCAUCGUAUGAUGCGAGUUUCCAAGCACCUGUGCUCUUUGACAGAGGGGAGAUAAGAUGAUAGAACUCACGAGGUUUGGGGAAGUGGAUCUAGAUAUGAUGCUGUUGUACUUGUCGAUAUCAGGCAACUCGCAAUCCAUCGCCCACAAUUUGCGGAGAAGAAACGCGACACGAAGCGAGGAUCUGACAAGAAUGUCACCGAAUCUGGCUAUUGUGACCAAUCGCCAUAGCUAGAACUUAAAUCUUGUGAUGUUGAACGUCUACAAUUGGUUUGUAAUACGGCGUAAAUACUGCCAAGGCUGACGCCUUGACGUAGAUAUGUGGUGCCUCAAAAUCUCGAUAAGCAUGACCAUCAACGACGGGAUGGUGAGAACUGAAUUCACGAAGUAGUAUAAGAAGGGGCCUUGAGCUUCUAUGAGGUCGUCUAAAUAACUCCGAUAACAUCUAGUGCUGCUACUUCAAUAAUCUUUUGAUAAUCAUCGUCCAACUUACACUCAAACACAAUGCGAUUCUCUUUCGUCACAGCUCUCCUCGUUUCCACUGUGGCUUACGCUGCUCCAGCCAGCCCAGUCAAGAAGAGUGAAAGUGUUAAACCACACACACCAUGGCCACUAUACGUAGCGAAGGAUGCCAAGAGGGACAACGAAGCUGCUGCCCCGUGGCCGCUCUAUGUUGCCAAAGAUGCGAAGAGAAACGAGGAGGCCGCGGCCCCAUGGCCACUUUACGUAGCCAAGGAUUCCAAAAGAGAGGAGGCUGUUGCUGUACCGUGGCCUCUAUAUGUAGCUAAAGACGCAAAGGGAGAUAGUGAGGCUGUGGUACCUUGGCCCCUAUAUGUGGCUAAGGAUGGCGCCGCUGCUGAGGAGAAGUGAGCAUGUCAAACAUAUAAUAGUUGUUCCAUGUGCCGUACUUGGCCAAGCCAGUGAGGGCUUGAGAGUUGCGACACGAUAUGAGCAUUCAGGUCGAUUUAAAUGGAACAUUAUGCCUUAAUAACGCCUUCAACAGACAUUGUUAUAUUUCUUCUAGGUGUUGCAACUACCGAAGACAUGUGAAUACACUUCAUAGCACCAUAAACCUCGCUUUGGGGAGUCUUCGGCUAGGUAUAUGAAAAAUAUGACCA